AUGGAAGAUAACACUGCAAAGGAUCUAUUCAGCAAUUUACCAAAUGAAAUUAUGAGGCACAUUGUUUCUUUUCUUCCAAAUGAAUCUGCACUUGAAACCAUCUUUCUCUCUACAAGGUGGAGGAACCUGUGGAAUGAAGCUCUUGUUAGACAUGGAACUAAAGAAAACAUCACUCAGGUGGUUGCUGGAUUUCUACAGCGUUUUGAGGAGCUUGAUCCAUUGAAGCAUCCAAGAAAGCUUCAAUUUCACUUUGGUGGAGGUAGAAUAGUCAUGGCAACAAUUGCAAACAACAGUAAGCUUUUUUUGGAUUUCUCCACUUGGAAGAAAGAGCUUAUUGAAAUUCAAUAUGAAUUGCAGUUCAAGCUCAGUAAAAUGCAAUCUUUUACCUCCAACAUCUCAGUGAAAACUCUCUAUUUGAAGUCAAGAAGCUAUUUGACAAGUGGGGUAGCUUCCACCAUCAUUUCAAAUUUAGAGCAUCUUGAGAAUUUUGUCAUUAUUGAGUGUAGUGGGUUGCAAUCUUUGAGCAUUGACUCUGCAUCGGAGCUGCAAAAGUUAACCAUCUGGGAUUGCUUACAAUUGAAGUCUCUUCACCUUAGAACUUCCAAACUCAAAUCUUUUCAAAUAAGUGGACCGCUUCCUUUGAUUAGGCCUGAGUAUCAUUUCAACCUGAGUGAUGCCAUGCUUGAUUUUAGACUGGGACCAAGCUGCAGAAAUUUCAAGACUAGGGAUUUUGAUGCAACUCUAUUGACAAUAAAGAACUCUCAAGUUCUCACACUUUGUAAAUGGACUUUUGAGGAAUUAAUAUGGCCAUCAGUUUCUCCUAUAGCUGGAAGUUUCAAAUUCUAUAAAUUAAGAGAAUUAUGGUGGAUUGACAGUUAUAAGGAUGAAUAUAACAUGGAUGCCUUAUUCUGCUUCUUGAAACUAUGCCCUGCCUUGGAGCAACUUUUUGUGACGAUUGAUCCUGAAAGUUAUUGGACUGAAAGCACUAAUUCAUGUUUGAUGCAAACAACCAAAUGUGUAGAAUUGAAGCAUCUAAAACUGGUAAAGUUAAUGGGAUAA